AUGUAUAUUGAUGAAUUGCCGGUUGGAUAAUAAAAGCAAAAUUUCAUGGUCGAGGAGUUUCCUCCUGAUUUCGAUCCUUAAUAAUUUGAUAAAGUUGAUUUACCAUUAAAACAAAGAAUAAAGUCAAAGGUUUGGAAAGUUAGACUUCAAGGUUAUGAGGAAUUAGCAAAUGAGUAAGAAAUUGAGUAUGAGUGCAUUUUGUAAAUAAUACAAGACAUACAUGUUUAAUGUCAAGAAAAAGCACUCUAGAUUGCACUAAAAUACUUUGAAUAAAACCAUUCACUAGAGUCUUCGCAAUAGAAGGAGAUAAUAAAAGUGUUGAUAGAAAAAGUGCUAAUAUAAUAAAAAUUAAAACAAAAUGGAUGCUAAUUGGCCAUAAUACUCUUUCCAUUUUGUAAAUAGGCAAUUUUUGAAAUUAUCAUUGGAGAAUUGUCUCAUAAAAAUCCUAAGAUAGUCUAAGCAUCCAUCAGCUUACUAUUAGAGUUACUUCAAUAAUAUGGUGUAAGAAAAUUGGAUAAUUUAAAACCUUUUUUCCCCAUCCUAUCAAAAUUAACAGAAGCAUAGCAAACUACAAUAAAGGCUGAUGCAAUAUCAUUUUACAAAGAAGCAACGAAAUGGUUUGGCAAAAAUAUUGAAGCAUUUUUUGGUGGAUUGAAUGAAAAACUGUAAUAAGACCUAAAGAAAAUUACAGAAACCAUAACAGAAGUUCAAAGAGCUCCAAAUCAAGAUGGAGAUUUUGAAACUGGAAAUCAAUAAUUGUAUGAUUUGGCAGAAGCAGUCGAUGUAUUUCCUAAAUUUACAGAUUCUUGGUGUGAAAAGGUCUUCCAACUUGAAAAAUGGUAAGAAAAAAAAGAACAAUUAGAAAAUUUAUAAAAAGCGUGUUCAGUUGCCAAAAUGGUACCAUCUCCAAAUGUUUAUUCAGUUGUGUAACUACUAAAGAAAUUAAUAAAUGAGUAAAACAUAGCCAUAUGUACGAUGAGUAUAAAAAUUGCUGGACUUCUAGCAAAUGGAUUAAGAAAAAAUUUUUAUUAAUAUGUUAAAAUAUUAAUACAACCAUUGUUCGCUAGACUCAAGGAUAAAAAAUAGAACAUUGUUGAUGAUACAAUAACAUCAUUAAAGAAGUUCAUUUACUGUUGCACUCUUGAUGAACUAUUUGAAGAAGUUAAGGCAUUAUUAGAUGAUAAAUCAUCCAGUCCAAAAAUUAAUGUGUUCAUACUUAUAGAGUUUUUCUUAGAUGAAUGCCAAAAAGAAAGGUUGCUUAAACUUUAAUGCAUAAAGUAGUUGGUUCCUAUUUGUAAGAAAUUAACUGAUGAUGGAAAUGCAGAAGUAAGAACAAAAGCCAUUAUGUUAUUAGCUAAAAUAUCAGUUUAAAUGUACAGCGGUUCAAUGGCUGUGGAUCUAAAAGGUGAUAAAUUUACAAAGUAUCAAGCUCAGGUUAAUAUUUAUCUUGAUGGUAUAAAAGCUUUAUAAGGCAAUAAUACAGCUAAUUUCAUACCUUAGAAAUAAAAUUUGCAGUAAAAUAAGGAAAAUAUUCAGAAUUAAGCAGUUGCUAAUCCGAAACCAGAAACAAAUGCAAAUAAACAAAAAUCAAUCACUUAAUCUUAAAUUAACCAAGAAUGCCAAGAAAUUAAAUAUUAAUCUACUAUGACUCCUAAUUAAGUUGAGGCAUUUCUCAGAUAAUAUAAAACUAAAAAUAAGGAUUAAAGUGAUCUUGGCAAUAUUUUACUUGCCGUCACUCAAUAAUCUAAGCAAAUUUUAACUUUCACUAUGGACUAUAUAGUGGAUAAGAUAGGAGACUAAAAAUAACUUUGCUAUUAGUUAUUUGAAAAAUGUAUGUAAUCAUAUAAGCCGAAUCAUAUAACUCAAUUAAUUACAAGCUUCAAGAAUGCUCCUACUUAAGCAUAAUUAAUUGAAGUCUUAACUUUAUUACUAAAAUACAUUCCUUUAAGUGACAAAACUAUUGAUUAGCAGUUAAUUUCUGAUUUUUUAAAAGGAUUCUAGCAUUAAUCUAAUUCAAGGGCAAAAUAACUAGUAACUGAUUGCUAGAGUGCAUUAAAAUAAUUAUUUGAAAUAAAAAAAGCUCCGUCAGAAUAAAAACUAAUUCCAUUUUCAUUAACAUCAUUUAGCGAUCCAUAAAUUGAUAAAUUGAAAGAAUAAUUGAAAGUGCCUUAAAUACCUUAACAUUUGUAUGAUAAACUGUUUAGUUACAAUCCAUAAUCAAAUUUAGCUGGUGCAUCUUAUAUUAGAUAAAAAAUUGCUUAGCCAGGAGAAUUUACAGAAAUCUUUUUUAAAUGGGGCUAUUUAAUUUCUUGGUUUAAGGAAAGUAUACCCUUACAGACAGAAAUCAUCAUGUUAUUUUAAUUCCUGACUUAGUAACGUAAACUCAAUUAAUUAGAAUAAUAAAUUGUAUUAUCUUAUAUUAAAAUGAUGAUACUCUUAUAUAUAAGAGAUGGAAUGCCAAGAUUGGCAUAAAGAACCCUGCCAUUACUUAUGAAUUUAUUAGCUGAUUGCAAUUAAUAAAAUGUAUAAAUAAAUUAAUUAAGCAAAUUCGAUGAAUAUGAUGAUAUUUCUAAUGCUUAAGCUAAUUAAAUUGCUUAAUAAAUGUAAGAAAGCAUCUCUGAGUGGAAUAAUAAUUCUCAACUCUAAUAAAAGUCAAUAUUAGUUAAUUUAAUGUCACUAAUUAAUAAAGAGGAUAUUCCAAAAGAAAGGACUCUAGAAUAAAAGAGAAACUCAAUGAGAGUAGAAGCAAUGAUAGCAUCAACUGUUGAUUUUAAAAAUAAAUAAGAAUAAAUUUAAAGUUCUUAAAAACUUGCUCAAGAAUAAAUAUCUGAUAAAAUGAAUACCUUACAAAAUCAAUCAUAAAAAAAGCUCCUAUAACAAAAAAAUUUUAACCUGCCAAUAACUCAAAGCAUGAACAGUGGGAAUAAAAAUAUGAGUUCAAGUUGCUCCUAAAUUCAAAAUGUAAAAGAAAAGGAAUCUGAUGUUUUUGUGAGAAGCUUUUAAUAAAUGUAUUGCAAGUUUAGAGAAACAAAUUGUAUUGAAAAUUCUUAAAGUUUCGCUGAACAAAUCAUUUAUCUAUUAAGCAAUCUAUCAAAUGAUGAAUGCUACGAUAAGAUGAAUGAAUUCUUGGAAAAAUUAAUACAUGUCUUAUCAUCAAGUCAGUUUUACAAAAGCAUCUCGUAUAAUUAAUUUUAUAUUAUCUUUGAUUCACUAAUUUUUAAGAUGGUUGAAUAGUCAACAAAGAAUAAUGUCAAAGAUGGAGCAUAAAAAAGUUGUUAUAAUUUAAUCAAUUCAAAUUUAAUUAAAAUCUUAAAUAAUCAGGAUUUAUCUAAUUUAUAUUUAGCAUUCUUGGAUAUUUUAAUUAAUGUAAAAGAAUCUGAUAGAUAAACUAAGUAAUUUUAUGCAUUAGUCACUAAGUGUUUAAGUAAAUCGGCAGAUUAAUUAAAAGGCUAGUUUUAAUGGUCAUAGGUUUAAGCAAUUCUAGAAAAAAUUAGUCAAUAUUUAAAUAAAUGUCAAAAGCCUUAAUUGGAAUACACUUAAUAUCAUAAUUGCUUAUUGAAUGCUCUCAAGACCACAGUUAUAUUUUUCUUUAAUUACAAUGACGGUAUUAAAGUGUAUUAAUAUAUUAUGCAAAACACAAAUGAAAAUUCCAUUUUAAGAUAAUGGAUAUUGGAUGUGCAAGAAAAAAACAAUACUAAUCUAAUAGUUGAUUUAGCCAAGUACAGAAGAUCAAGAGACACGCAUUUUAGUUAAAUAGUUGAAUUACUAAAAAUAGAUUUUGAUAAAACUGUUGAGUAAUUUGUAUCCAUAGUGAGAAGAUAAACUAUCAAUUGGAAACCUUUAGUAGAAUUUCUAAAUCCAGAUCAAAUAAAAUUUAUCGAGCAAAGAUUAGGAUCAACAUCCCAUAUGAAUUUAUUGGAGAAAAAAGUUGGCGAAUUAGAAAAGAUGUUAAACUAAUGA